AUGCACUUGCACAGACACGGAAACGAUCUGUUUGAUGAGAACUGGGAUGAGGUUAGCAUGGAGCAGCGUGUGACUGUGCUGCCACCAGACGACCCCUUAGUACUAGAGAUCCUCGAUGACAGUCGAGUACGCGACACACUCUCCAGUCCACGCGCCCAUACGG